CCCGCCGCACACCGUGACGCCACCGCUGCGCGCCGCUCUUGCGUCAUCACGCCGCGCCGCCGUCUCCAUGGCUGCGGCGGACACCGAGAUGUACCGCAAGGAGAAGAGCCUGCAGCUGCGGAGCAGCAGCGCGGCGCUGUACAACAACCUGAGCGUGCUGCGCCGGCCCGGCCGGCCGCUGGCCUGCUGCUGCGCCGUCCACGGCCCCGGCCUCAGCCUGGUCAGCGCCGACGCCGACGGCACCGGCUUCUCCCACCGCCAGCUGCAGGCCAAGGAGGGCAGCAUGGCCCUCAGCGCCUCCCUCCUCACCCAGGCUGCUUGGUGCGUCCUGCCCUCGCGGGUCCUGCUGGUGCUGACCUCUCAGAAAGGGAUCCAGAUGUACGAGUCCGAUGGCUCCAUCAUGGUUUAUUGGCACGCGCUGGAUGUCACAGAGCAUCCUCCAGCACAAGCAGUGUUUGCUCGGGGGAUCGCUGCAGCUGGUGGACGCUUCAUCUGCGUGGGGACGUCCUCUGGGCUGGUGCUGGUGUUUGACAUCCCCCCCAAAGGGACGAACAUCACGGUGAGCGAGGUCCUGGAGCAGCACCACGACGCCAUCACCGACAUCGCGGCAGAGCUGGGCCAGGCUCCGGACGGGGCUGGUGACCUGGUGACUGCCGACGACGCUGGGACCCUCUGCGUCUGGAGCACGGGAGAGGAGUUCGCCCUGCUCAUCAAAAUCCCAGCCUUUGGCUGCACCUGCUCCUCCGUGAAGCUGUGGAACGGGAUCGUGGCUGCUGGCUACGGGAACGGGCAGAUUCGGCUCUACGAGGCGGCGACGGGCCUCCUGAGCGCCGAGGUCAACGCUCACGCUCGAUGGAUCUACGCCCUGGACGUGGCGCCGCAGACGGGGAAGCUGCUGUCGGGCGCGGAGGACUCCUUCGUUCACGUCUGGAAGCUCAGCCGGGACCCGGACACCGGCGAUGUCGAGAUCGAGCACUGCCAUGCUGAGUGUGUGACCGACACCCAGGUCUGCGGCGCCCGCUUCUGCGACCCCGAGGGAAACUCCUUCGCCGUGACCGGCUACGACCUGAGCGAGAUCUUCCGCUACAGCAGGGCGUAGGCUGCGAGCUGCGGGGGGAGCUGGGCCACCCCGGCACCGAGGCACCAUAAGCAAGAGGGGGUCAGUGCAGACCCCCCACUUCUGCUCCAUGGGGCCCAGGCAGCGGCGGCACAGGGCUGUGCCUCCAGUGGGGUGGAAAUAUGCGUGAAGGUGGAGCUGAGCCAGCACCCCCUUGCUCCCGAAGCAAACCCGCCCUUGGCGCGCAGAGAAUGGGGGCUUGGAGCUGCUCCAGCUACCCCAGACCCUGAGCGGGUCCCUGGGCUGGGCGCCGUCCCCCCGCCUGCCCCCCAGCCCUCCCCGAGGGGAGGAGGCAGCGUGGCAGGGAGCAGAACCGGCUCCCCGUGCCUGGCGGCAGCUCUGGUUCAUGCAGGAGAGGAGCCAGGGCAAACCUGUGCUACACGCUGCUCCCGCUGCUCCGGCCCGGAGAGCCUCGGGAGCUGGUCCCAGCCGGGGCGGCGGCGCCUUGUGGGUGCAGCACCCGCGGGGACGCCCUUCCCCGGGGCGGCACGGUUACCUGGGAGCAGGAGGGGAGCCUCGCCUCGUCCCCAGGGAGCAGUGGGGACAUGUGGGGCCCCCAUGGGACCUCACAUCCCCGUGGGACCCCCAUGGGACCUCGCAUCCCCGUGGGACCCCCAUGGGACCUCGCAUCCCCACGGCUGCUGGCCAGAUGUACAGGGCUGCAGCUGUGCUCCACGCCUGAAAAAGGCAGAGGCAGCUGCUCGGCGCUCCCAGCCAGGGCACCCCAGGGACAGUCCUGCAGGCUGCUGCCACACUGUCCCCCCCGUUCUCACCCUGUGCACCCCCAGCUGGCUCUGCGCCCAGCUCCUGCCCUGACUAGGCUGGGCUGGAAGCGGGGGACAGAUGCUGGGCCUGGGCUCCCCCUGGCUCUGCCUUGGCCCCAGCCCUCCCAUCCCAGCCCCCUCCCACGGCCAGGAGACGAUGUGGCCCCAGGGAUGAGCUCGGCCUCUGGCUCCAUUCCCAGGGCACUGCGGGGGCAGGGGGUGCAUGGGGGAGACCCAGUGCCAUGGGGCAAGCUCAGCUUGGGACGGGCCCUGGGGCUGAGGCUGCCCCCACACACACCCCCCACAGCCCCCAGCCCCUCCUGCCAUGCUGGGGCGAGGGCUGCAGCCAGGGAUGCUCUCCCCAACCCUGAGCUAUGGGGCACAGCCCCACACCCACACCCCACUUGUGGCCUGCACCUCGGGUGGGGUCAGCCCCACCAUGUGCUGCUCCCCCACCCAGCUAUGGGUCAGGAUUCCCCUCUCCUGUUUCCCACCUGCCAUGUGCUGUGUACCCCCCCGACCAUGAUAAAUGCAUCUGAAUGAAGCCCC